CGCGGUGGCUGCGCGCGCGGGACAACCUCGGCCGCCGCGGGGCGAUGAGCCGCCGGGGCUGAGGCCGCCCCGAGGACGCGGGGCGAGCGCCGGGAGAGUGCGGCGCGCCUGCGGCCGCCCCGGGGCCGCGCGGGGGAGCCCCGGACGAGCGCCGCCCCGGCCCCCGGCCCCGCGGGCGCCGCCGGAGGAGCGGCCGGCCGGCCCCCGACCCUCGGGCCCGUCCCGCGCGCGCCGCCCGGAGCGGCGGGGCGCGCGGCCGCGGCGCGCAGCAUGGAGUGGGGGUACCUGUUGGAAGUGACCUCGCUGCUGGCCGCCCUGGCGCUGCUACAGCGCUCCAGCGGCGCCGCCGCGGCUUCGGCCAAGGAGCUGGCGUGCCAGGAGAUCACGGUGCCGCUGUGCAAGGGCAUCGGCUACAACUACACCUACAUGCCCAACCAGUUCAACCACGACACGCAGGACGAGGCGGGCCUGGAGGUGCACCAGUUCUGGCCGCUGGUGGAGAUCCAGUGCUCGCCCGACCUCAAGUUCUUCCUGUGCAGCAUGUACACGCCCAUCUGCCUGGAGGACUACAAGAAGCCGCUGCCGCCCUGCCGCGCCGUGUGCGAGCGCGCCAAGGCCGGCUGCGCGCCGCUCAUGCGCCAGUACGGCUUCGCCUGGCCCGACCGCAUGCGCUGCGACCGGCUGCCGGAGCAGGGCCACCCCGACACACUGUGCAUGGACUACAACCGCACCGACCUCACCACGGCCGCGCCCGGCCCGGCGCGCCGCCCGCCGCCGCCGCCGCCGCCGCCGCCCGCCGAGCAGCCGCCCCCCGCCCACGGCCGGCCGCCCGGGGCCCGCACCCCGCAGCGCGCGGCCGGCGGCAGGGCCGGCGGGGACGCGGCGGCGCGCGGCGGCGGCGCGAGGCCCCCUGGCGGCGGCGCGGCGCCCUGCGAGCCGGGCUGCCAGUGCCGCGCGCCCAUGGUGAGCGUGGCGAGCGAGCGCCACCCGCUCUACAACCGCGUCAAGACCGGCCAGAUCGCCAACUGCGCGCUGCCGUGCCACAACCCGUUCUUCAGCCAGGACGAGCGCGCCUUCACCGUCUUCUGGAUCGGCCUGUGGUCCGUGCUGUGCUUCGUCUCCACCUUCGCCACCGUCUCCACCUUCCUCAUCGACAUGGAGCGCUUCAAGUACCCCGAGCGGCCCAUCAUCUUCCUGUCCGCCUGCUACCUCUUCGUGUCGGUCGGGUACCUGGUGCGCCUGGUGGCGGGCCACGAGAAGGUGGCGUGCAGCGGCGGCGCGCCGGGCGGCGGCGGGCCCGGGGCGGCGGGCGGCGCGGCGGCGGCGGCGGGGGGCGCGGCGGGCGCGGGGGCGAGCGCGCCAGGCGCGCGCGGCGAGUACGAGGAGCUGGGCGGCGUGGAGCAGCACGUGCGCUACGAGACCACCGGCCCCGCGCUCUGCACCGUGGUCUUCCUCCUCGUCUACUUCUUCGGCAUGGCCAGCUCCAUCUGGUGGGUGAUCCUGUCGCUCACGUGGUUCCUGGCGGCCGGCAUGAAGUGGGGCAACGAGGCCAUCGCGGGCUAUUCGCAGUACUUCCACCUGGCCGCCUGGCUGGUGCCCAGCGUCAAGUCCAUCGCCGUGCUGGCGCUCAGCUCGGUGGACGGCGACCCGGUGGCCGGCAUCUGCUACGUGGGCAACCAGAGCCUCGACAACCUGCGCGGCUUCGUGCUGGCGCCGCUCGUCAUCUAUCUCUUCAUCGGCACCAUGUUCCUGCUGGCCGGCUUCGUGUCGCUCUUCCGGAUCCGCUCGGUCAUCAAGCAGCAGGGCGGCCCCACCAAGACGCACAAGCUGGAGAAGCUCAUGAUCCGCCUGGGCCUCUUCACCGUGCUCUACACGGUGCCCGCCGCCGUGGUCGUCGCCUGCCUCUUCUACGAGCAGCACAACCGGCCGCGCUGGGAGGCCACGCACAACUGCCCGUGCCUGCGGGACCUGCAGCCGGACCAGGCGCGCAGGCCCGACUACGCCGUCUUCAUGCUCAAGUACUUCAUGUGCCUGGUGGUGGGCAUCACGUCGGGCGUGUGGGUCUGGUCGGGCAAGACUCUGGAGUCCUGGCGCGCACUGUGCACUCGCUGCUGCUGGGCCAGCAAGGGCGCGGCCCCGGGCGCGGGCGCGGGGGGCGGCGGCCCGGGGGGCGGGGGCGGGGGGCCCGGCGGGGGCUCGCUCUACAGCGACGUCAGCACCGGCCUGACGUGGCGCUCCGGCACGGCCAGCUCCGUGUCCUACCCUAAGCAGAUGCCACUGUCCCAGGUCUGAACCCCGAGAGGGCGCCGGGGAGGAGCGGAGGGGGAGGGGGACCCCGAGGGCGCCGGGGGACCCCGCAGCGGCCGGGGUUCCCACCCCAGCACCGUGUUGAUUGCUAUUAGCAUGAUAAUGAACUCUUAAUGGUAUCCAUUAACCGCGGGACUUAAAUGACUCCCUUAGAACAAAGUACCUGGCAGUGAGGCCGCGCGGCCCCUCCCCUCCCCUCCCCUCCCCUCCCCUCCGACGCUCGCGAGCGCCUCCCCGGGGCCGCGGCGUCCGCAGGCUGGAGAGUCCCCCCCAGGGGGGCCCGGGUCGAGCCUUGAGGUCGCGCCUCAGACCUCACUCGAGGGACCGCUUCGCCCGAGACCCGACCUGCAUAAGUUCCCUCCUCACACACCCUAGACGGGGACGAGAGCUGCCUGCUGGGACCCACGCUUCGGGCACCCUAAGGACCAGGCAGAGGCCUUAAAUAAACAAGAGAUGUCUUAAUUACACGCCCCACGUAAAUACGGGUUUCUUACACUAGAGGAUGUAUUUAUAUAAUUAUUUGUUAAAUUGUAAAAACAAAACGUGUAAAAUAUGUAUAUAUCCAAAGCUAUACAGUGUGUACAGUGUUUGUAAAAGCUUAGAGGCCCCUGUAAGAACACAUAUAAGUAUUCUAUUUUGUCAAUAAAAUGACUUUUGAUAAGUGACGAUUUAAAUGCCGCCCUGCCCCCACCUCUUCUGAACUGUUCCCCUUUUGCUUGCUGAGGACAAGUGGGGACACGGACUUUUCUGGUUUGCCGUUCUGUACUGACUUUAGGCCUGGAGACAAUUGCCUGUUAACGUCUAGUCCUAAACUAUUAGCAAAGUAAAACGUCAUUGUUGAAUUGAA